CGUGCAGAUCUGACAAAGCUGCCUGGGCAAGUCUGCAUGUGUGUCUUUCAUCAGAACGAGUGAAAAUGAUGCAAAGUGCGCCUGUUUUACCCACCGAGAGCGCCGUUAAAGGUCUACCGGACAUUCUCGGAGUACCAGUGCAACAGAUUCCCCAGUGCGCGGGCUGCAGUCAGCACAUCCUGGAUAAGUUCAUCCUCAAGGUGCUGGACCGCCACUGGCACUCCAAGUGUCUGAAGUGCGCGGACUGCCAGGCGCUGCUCGCGGACAAAUGUUUCUCGCGCGCUGGGAAUGUAUACUGCAAAGAGGACUUCUUUAAGCGUUUUGGAACAAAGUGUGCCUGGUGUCAGCAGGGAAUCCCCCCAUCACAGGUGGUCCGAAAGGCCCAGGACUUCGUCUAUCACCUGCACUGUUUCUCCUGUGUGAUGUGCAGCAGACAGCUGGCCACCGGCGACCAGUUCUACCUCAUGGAGGACGGCCGCCUCGUCUGUAAAACGGACUAUGAGACAGCCAAGCAGAACGAUGAUUCAGAAGCAGGAGCGAAGCGCCCACGCACCACCAUCACAGCCAAACAGUUGGAGACCCUGAAGAGCGCCUACAAGAACUCACCCAAACCAGCCAGGCAUGUCCGGGAGCAGCUUUCUUCUGAGACAGGCCUGGACAUGCGUGUGGUGCAGGUGUGGUUCCAGAACAGACGAGCCAAGGAGAAGCGGCUGAAGAAGGACGCAGGUCGUCAUCGCUGGGGUCAGUUCUACAAGAAUGUCAAACGCAGCCGUGGGUCCAGUAAGGUGGAGAAAGAGAGCUCAGCAGAGGAUGGAGGUCUCAGUGACAGUGAACUCAGCUUCCGAGAGGAGCAGAUCCUAUCAGACCUGAGUCACACCAACAGCCUGUAUGGAAGUGUUGGCGACGUAUCCAGUGGAAACGUGAUGAAUGGUGGUUUCCCACUGGAGGCAGGUGGGCAGCCCUACCCCGAGCUACGGGAGGGGAGCCCCUACGCUCUGCCUCAGUCCCCAUCAUCGGUCAGCUCACUGGCCGGCCACACCCCUCUGCUCAGCAGUCUGGCCUUCAGCAUAGACGGCCUUCCUCUGGCAGGGGGGGCGCCUGCUGUCAGCCAGGCGCUCAGGGUCAUGACUGGGGGACCGACCUCUGACCUCUCCACCGGCAGCAGCACAGGAUACCCAGACUUCCCGACCAGCCCCGCCUCCUGGCUGGAUGAAAUGGACCACUCUCAGUUCUGAGGUCAAAGGUCACAGAGGCAAGUGUGGUCUUGAAAGCGUGCAGAGAAAAAGGAAACAGGAACAAAGGAGAUUGUGCAGGGCCCAGAGGACCGGGAGCCUGUAAUUAA